AUGCCAAUUUUAGACGAAACUAACAUAGGUUUGAGUGAAAACAUGUUGAUAGCUGAAGAGUUGGCGUAUGACAAGGAAUCGUUGAAGACAAAACAUGAAACAUUGGUAACACUAUUGACCAACGAGCAACAAAAUGUUUAUGACUCUGUGAUGAAUGAUAUUGAUUCCAACGGAGGUGGAUUGUUCUUUGUGUAUGGUUACAGAAGAACAGGGAGGCAAGACGGCGCAUUCCAGAUUUGCUAUACCACUCUCCUUAAACGUAGAUUCCAUCCCACAUGCAAUAUAUCGCAAGACAGUGACCUUGUUGAGCUUAUAAAAAGGAGCAAAUUGAUAAUAUGGGAUGAAUCACUGAUAACGCAAAAAUACUAUUUUGAGGCUUUGGACAAAGCCAUGAGGGAUCUAUUGAGGUUCGUCAUACCGGGUAGUGCUGAAAAGACUUUUGAUGGAAAGACAAUAGUUUUGGGCGGCGAUUUUAAACAGAUCCUACCUGUUAUUCCGAAAGCAACAAGACCAGUAGUUGUUGGAGCAAAUAUUAAUUCUUCAUACUUGUGGAGAAAUUGCAAGGUAUUAAGGCUCACCAAGAACUUGAGACUACGGACCUUAGCUUCAAAGGAAGAUAGACAGACAGUUGAUUGGUUUUCAAAAUGGAUUGUAGACAUUGGAGAUGGGAUUGCAAGGGUUGUAAACAACGGUUCAUCUGAGAUCGAUAUUCCGGCACAGUUUUUGUUGAAGUGCGGACACAAUUCCAUAGCACCUAUAGUGGAAAGCACAUUCCCAAGCUCGAGAUAUGACAUGCUUGAUGAGUCGCAGUUAGAAGGUCGAGCGAUCCUCUCGCCGACUUUAGAUGUCGUUGAUCAAAUUAAUCAGCACAUGUGCGACAUGAAUACUGCAGAAGGAUGA